ACCUAUUAUCUUCUUCUUGUUUCCACUGCCACCACUAUCAUCAUCUUCUCUUAGGGUUCCUUUUUCCUUUUCACACAUUCCAAUCUCUCUAGAUCGACCCAUGAAUCAUUUUGACGUUUUUCCCUAUCUCUAGAUAUAAAGUUUGCAUCUUUAAUCUAAUUUGCUUAAUGGGUCGUUUUCAAAUUUAAUCUAUAUUGCUUCAGAUUGUAUGCAACUGUGUAUUUAAUUGUUUUUUUUUUUUUUUUUUUUUUUUUUAUGUAAAAAAUGGGUUUUUGAAUCUGUGAUUACUUUGGUUUUAUUUGUUUUGUUUAAAUUAUUGAUAAUUGAAAAAAAUGGUGAAAUGGGUGUUCAUGUUGUGUAUGAUUUUCUUCUUUGCAAUCUGUGAAUGAUUUUAUUAUUUGUAAUGAUUUGUUGAAAUCGUUUGGUUUCUAUGACUAAUGGAAUGCAAAUUUGUGUCGAUUAGUGCAUGUCUAGAUUCACAUUAUCUUCUUCCUUUUCUUCAUCUUUCUUGUUUUCCAUUUCACUUUAACUUUUCUUCAAUUUUUGCUCUGAAUCAGUAACUUGAAGAAAAGAUACCGCACAAGAAUUUCCUCAUCAAGGGUUACAUCUAUUUUGUUGAAAGAAAAUGAGCCGUAUCGUGAAUACUCCUGCUCGCGUCAUGUUGAUUUUGGUGGUAAGGCAUAAGGUGUGCAUGAACCUUACAUUUGCAAGGCCACGUAUUGUGUGGAAAGAAAUUGAACUCGAACAGGGUUGAUAGCAAAAACCAAAUUCUCAUGAAUCAACGAAUCAUCACAACAAGUACAUAGAAACUACCCAAAAAGGAAGUACUUGACUCUCUCUCUCUCUCUGAAAGCAACCAUGGCAAUUCUAAGAUCAAUGCUGAAAGCAACAAAAACCCUUCAUCGUUCAUCAUCUCUUCUCCGUAACAUGAGCAAUCUCCCAGAAAACACAGUAUACACAGGUCCAACAUCACAAAACAAAAGAGUAACACUUUCACAACUACGACAAAAACAUAAAAACUCACAGCCAAUCACAAUGGUCACUGCUUAUGAUUACCCUUCUGCUGUUCACCUCGAUAUGGCCGCCAUUGAUAUCUGUCUUGUUGGUGAUUCUGCUUCCAUGGUUGUUCAUGGUCAUGAUACUACUUUGCCUAUUACUUUAGAUGAAAUGCUUGUUCAUUGUCGUGCGGUUGCUCGUGGUGCUAAAACUCCUCUUCUUGUUGGUGAUUUGCCUUUUGGAACCUAUGAAUGUAGUUCUAAUCAGGCAGCGGACACGGCAGUUCGAAUUUUGAAAGAAGGACAAAUGGAUGCCAUAAAGUUGGAAGGAGGUUCACCUUCAAGAAUUGUUGCAGCAAAAGCUAUUGUUGAAGCUGGAAUAGCUGUGAUUGGGCAUGUUGGUCUUACUCCACAAGCCAUUAGUGUUUUAGGAGGAUUUAGGCCUCAGGGUAGGAAUGUUGCAAGUGCUGUCAAGGUUGUCGAGACAGCAUUGGCUUUGCAAGAAGCAGGGUGUUUUGCUGUUGUUCUUGAAUGUGUGCCUGCACCGGUGUCUGCAGCAGCAACAGCGGCGCUUCAAAUUCCUACAAUUGGAAUUGGGGCUGGUCCCUAUUGCAGUGGACAGGUGCUUGUUUACCAUGAUCUUCUUGGUAUGUUACAACACCCUCACCAUGCAAAGGUGACUCCAAAAUUUUGUAAACAGUAUGCUCGUGUCGGAGACGUCAUCAAUAAAGCCUUACUGGAAUAUAAGGAAGAUGUGAUGAAUGGUUCAUUUCCUGAUGCUCAACACAGUCCAUACAAAAUCAGUGAAACUGAUGCUAAUGGUUUCUUAAAUGAGUUGCAAAAGUUAGGUUUUGACAAGGCUGCUUCUGCGGCAUCUGAAGCAGUUCAGAAGAUGGUUACAAAAUCAACAAAGUAACAAUUUAGUAAAGCUAAGAAUCCUCCUCAGUUUUUCAUUUGAUGUUUUUCAUUCUCUUCAAUGCCAGAAUAAACCAAAGGACAUAAGUGAAGAGAAUUUGGGCAGAACAGAUAGAUAGAUUUAAGUUAUUUUCUUUAGGCAAACUGCUUCAUUGGUCAAAUUCAUGAAAUUUUAUUGAUAUGUUACAGAAACAAAUUUUGUCACCCCACAUCAUAUAUGGAACCUAUAGAAAUCUAAUGCGAUAUCACUUAUCACGAAAGAAAAUUCUUGAAGCAUUGUAUCAGAGAAAAAUGUUGAAAACUGAUUUUGAUCUGUUCCUUUUUAUUUAUUUAUGCA